CAAUCUAAAAACCCUUACUCCGCGAACCAAAAGAAACCCUACUUCUCGUGCGUCUCUCGCGGGUUUUGAAACAAAAUAUAAAUACAUAGAAAUCGAAAUUGUCGGUGAAUUUAAUUUCAAAUUUGGGGGAUUCCAUCGAGGUUUUAAAUCACCCAGGAGUGAUUCAAGCCCUAAUUCAUGAUUCGUGAUCGUGAUCGUGAUCGCCGUGUUUUGGGGAGGAUUCGACUGUUUCGUCGUGUGUUGGUUGAGAUCUGAAAAAAGCACCCAGUCAUGUAUGAUGGAAUGUGAACAUUGUAGAAUUUCGGUCUGUUCUGUUUAUUGUACAUGGAAGAUAGAGAAGAGAACUCCCAUGGAACUGAAAUUCCCAAAAAAUCGAGAUCUUUGGAUCUGAAGAGUUUAUAUAAAUCAAAAGUGACAAAAGAGACUCCAAAUAAGGGCUUAAAGAGGAAAGGGAGUCAUCCUAGGGGUGUUGACGAGGAUAGGAUUAAGAAAAAGAAGACUAGAAAGGAAGUAUCUCUGAGUAGCUUAGAGAAUGCUGAUGUUAGCAUCAAGAAGGUUGCCGAUGAAGAAUAUCAAAAAGGGCUUGGUUCUGGUAGACAGGAUUUGUGUGAACAAAAGCAGGGAUUGAGUGGCAGUACUGGGCUUAAUAGAGGUUCACUAAGUUUUGAUGGCAACGUUCACAUUCCAAAGCGAAGAAGGGAUUUUGUGGGGCGAAAUAAAUUUGAAGUUGGUCCAGCACAAAAACUGGCUGGGCAGCCUAGUAGUACAAGUAGCCAUGGUGAUCAAAUGCCUAAGUUAACUAGUGAUGAUUUGGACAAGAAGAUCGACUCUUCAAAGAUUAAACUGAAAAGAGAUUUUGAUCAGUUUAAGGAAAGCAGGAGUAAUUCUGCUGUAAAUAGUGGUGAUUCCUCUUUAAAGAAGUCACGGAAGAAGGAUAGAAAGCAAAAGGCUUUGGCUCCAUAUAGAAAUAUUGUUGCCAAGGAGGAUAAGCCUCUGAUUGAUGGCAGUAAAAUAUCUGAUUAUUUGCGGGAAGACGAGGAGGAGAAUCUUGAAGAGAAUGCAGCAAGGAUGCUGUCAUCACGGUUUGAUCCAAAUUAUGCUGGGUUUUGUUCAAGCAGUAAGCCUUCUACAUUGCCAUCAUCAAAUGGUUUGUCCUUUUUGCUCUCUUCUAGUCGAAAUAUUGAUAGUUGUGGAUCAAAGUCACAGUCAGGUUCAGAAUCAGCAUCAGUUGAUACUGCUGGCAGAGUCUUGAGGCCAAGGAAACAAUACAAAGAAAAAGGAAGUUCCCGGAAGAGGCGACAUUUUUAUGAAAUUUCAUUAGGUGAUUUAGAUGAACAUUGGAUACUGAACCAGAGAAUCAAGGUUUUUUGGCCUUUGGACCAAAUUUGGUAUCAUGGCCUUGUUGAUGGCUAUAACAAUGAAACAAGGUGUCAUCAUAUCAAAUAUGAUGAUCGAGAAGAAGAAUGGAUUAAUCUCCAAUCUGAGAGGUUCAAACUUCUGUUACUUCCAAGUGAAGUUCCUGGAAAAGCAGGAAAAAAAAGAGCAGCAAGGAAAAAUAGAAGCUUGGUUCAGCAAAAAGAGAGCUUAUCCAGCAAAGACAGGCAAGUAAGAGAUGCAAUUACUGAGGAAGAUAGCUGUGGUGAAAGCUGUAUGGACACAGAGCCUAUAAUAUCUUGGUUGUCUCGAUCUUCUCUUCGGUUUAAAUCUUCUGCUUUUCAUGGCACUAAGAAAAAGAAAACUUCAGUUACUCUUCCAAGUACAUCCUCAUCAUUGUUAUGUGAUGUACCUGUAAAAGUACAGAGGUGCUUAGCUGAGAGUUCCCCAAGGGAAGGUAAAAGCAACCUUUCCAGAGAUUCUGUAUCUGAAGAUAAUCUAGGUGACAAAUCUUGGAAAAAGUCUCCAUUGCAAAGCUUCAGUUGCCCUAAAGAUGUCAAGCAGCCUAUUGUCUAUUUUAGAAGGCGGUUUCGCAAGCCAACUCCAAUAUUACCACAUAUUUCUGAAGAUAAACAUGAUAACACAACUGCAUCUUGUUCCACAUCCAUUGAUCCUGUGGUUGGUGGGCUUAUGGAUGCAAGAGAACCAAAUGAUGGGUGGUUUGAGACAGAGGGGCCUUUGCGGUUCACACAUAAUGCUGGUGUAUCCAAAUUUUUUUUGGACACAGGUUCAGCAGCAUUCAAGUUUGACUUAAAAUAUCCAAUAAAAUUGGUGCUGAAUGACUCGUUUAACUCGGAGAAUUUGUGGUUGUUCCGUGCUAUUCUGCUACUUCAUUAUGGUACAGUAAUGACCUUGUGGCCAAGAGUUCACCUGGAGAUGCUUUUUGUUGACAAUGUGGUUGGGCUGAGGUUCUUAUUAUUUGAAGGCUGCCUGAUGAUGGCUGCAGCCUUUGUCUUUUGUGUCCUUAGGCUAUUUCAUCAACCUGUUGACCAAGAGAUGUAUAUUGACUUGCAGUUGCCUGUUACAUCUAUCAGAUUCAGGUUUUCAAGUGUUUAUGGCAUUAAGAACCCUCUUGUGUUUGCAUUUUACAACUUCUCUAGAGUGAAGAAUUCAAAAUGGAUGUAUUUGGAUUCAAAACUUAAAAGCCAUUGCUUACUCAGUAAGCAGCUUCAUCUCUCUGAAUGCACGUAUGAUAACAUCCAGGCACUUCAAAAUCAAUCAAGUGAGUAUCCAAUUACUUCCAUCAGAGCCAGCCCCUUAGUCAAGGUCAUGCAGAAGAGGACUAGGCCUGGUAUUAAUAUUAUGGGAGUUUCCAGAGAGUUGUCUCAGGCUGAUACCAGUCAGUCUUCUGAUGGUGGCAAGAGGAAGAUUCCUCCAUUUUCACUUUCUUUUGCUGCUGCACCUACAUUUUUUCUUAGUUUGCAUCUGAAGUUGCUGAUGGAAAAAUCAGUAGCUCAUUUAAGCUUUUGUGAGGUAGAAGAUCAGGAAGACUCUGGUCUGAUGACAGAUGACUGCUCUAGCAUGGAUGAUUGCUCUAACCGGAAUUCAGAGUUUAAUGUGAAGAAAAAUAUGAUGACUUUGUCAAAGGAUGCUGUUCAUGAUGGAUUGGCUUGUGCCGAGUCAGAUUUGUUAAUUAGUCCUUCUAAUUGCAGUGAUCGAAUUCUCUCUUACCAGAAUAUUGAUCUUACUGCUGAUAGAACUUCUGGAUUGGAUGGUUCUGAGAGGCCUCCUACUGUUCAGUUACCUGAGUGGCAAUCACGUCAUUCUGAUCACUCUUUUCCUUCAAAUUCUUUAACUGACAAGAUUAAAGCUGAUGAUGGUUCCCGUUCUUUUCUGUGUGAUCUGAGUGUUCGAAUUCCUUCUGCUGAUCAAUUUGAGAAACCUUGUGAUGGUGAUUUGGGUGAUGCUCAACACUCUUCUGAUCUUUCUUGGAAUAUAAAUGGAGGUGUCAUUCGCAGCCCCAAUCCAACUGCUCCCAGAAGUUCUUGGCAUCGGAACAGAAAUAAUUCCUCAUCAUUUGGUCUCCAAUCACAUGGGUGGUCUGUUGCCAAGGGUGAUUCUCUUCACAAUGGUUUUAGCAGUGGACCUAAGAAACCACGAACUCAAGUAUCUUAUUCAGUGCCUCUUUCUGGGUAUGAGUAUAAUUCAAGACACAGAAGCCAUUAUCAGAAACAAAGAGGGUUGCCUCACAAGCGCAUUAGAAAGGCUAAUGAGAAGAAGUCAUUGGAUGUUGCUAGGAGUCCUGAAAAGAAUUUGGAGUCCUUAUCUUGCGAUGCAAAUGUGUUGAUUACCCUUGGUGAUAAGGGGUGGAGAGAAUCUGGUGCCCGAGUUGUAUUAGAAUUGUUUGACCAUAAUGAGUGGAAACUUUCUGUAAAACUUGCAGGUAUUACAAGGUAUUCAUACAAAGCACAUCAGUUUCUACAGACUGGAUCAACAAAUCGUUACACUCAUGCUAUGAUGUGGAAAGGAGGGAAGGAUUGGAUCUUAGAAUUUCCUGAUCGGAGUCAGUGGGCUGUUUUCAAGGAGAUGCAUGAGGAAUGCUACAACCAGAACAUCCGCGCUGCUUCAGUUAAAAAUAUACCUAUUCCUGGUGUGGUCUUGAUUGAAGAAAGUUAUGAUAAUGAAUCUGAAACUACUUUUAUUCGGAGCUCUAAAUAUUUCCGACAAGUUGAAACAGAUGUAGAGAUGGCUCUGAAUCCAUUGCAUGUCUUGUAUGAUAUGGAUAGCGAGGAUGAGCAGUGGAUUUUGACUAUUCAAAAUUCUGAAAAAGACAAUGAUUUCUUGGACAGGAUCUCUGAUGAGAUGUUUGAGAAAACAAUUGACAUGUUUGAGAAGGCUGCAUAUGCUCAGCAGUGUGAUCAGUUUACACCUACUGAAAUAGAGGAACUAACAGUUGAUGUCGGUCCCUUCUGUGUAACUAAAAUCAUUUAUGAAUAUUGGCUGCAGAAAAGGCAGAAGAAGGGAAUGCCUUUAAUACGGCAUUUUCAGCCACCUCUAUGGGAAAGAUAUCAACAUGAAUUGAGAGAGUGGGAAGUAGCCAUGACCAAGAAUAAUAUUCCCAUUUCUAAUGGGUGCCUGGACAAGGUGUUGACUUUGGAGAAGCCGGCUAUGUUUGCUUUCUGUUUGAAACCAAGGGGUUUGGAAGUACUGAACAAAGGAUCAAAACAUCGAUCACAGAAGAAAAUUUCAGUCUCAGGGCAUUCAAACAGUAUUCUGUAUGAACAGGAUGGAUUCCACCCUUAUGGUAGAAGAUAUGGAUUAGCAUAUGGUGAUGAAAAGUUUGCAUACUCGGGGCAUAAUUAUGAUUAUGUGGAUGAUUCCCCAUUGCCUCAGACCUCCCCGAUAUUCUCACCAAGGGAUGCUUGCAGCAUGGGUUAUUAUUCUAUUAACAAUAGCUAUGAUAGAAAUCAUAUCCCCAAAUAUAACAGACACAAGUCAAGGAAAAUUGGCUCAUUUGGGUUUCAUAAUGAUUCACAGAUGUCUUCUUAUAGUCAGAGAGUUUCAUGCUCAGGUAAGAGAAAUGGGGAUAGUAGGUGGAAUGUGGGCUAUUAUGACAUGGCAGGUCACAGGCAGUACCUGUUGGAUGGCUCUACAAGACAUGGAAUUGAACAAAUAGAUCAUCCAGACCUUGAUGAGUUAAGAAAACGUGAUGCCUCGGGAGCUGCUCAGCAUGCAGCUAACAUGGCCAAAUUGAAGAGAGAGAGAGCUCAGAGAUUGCUUUAUAGAGCAGAUCUUGCAAUUCACAAGGCCGUGGUUGCUCUUAUGACUGCUGAAGCAAUGAAAGCUUCUGAGGAUUCAAAUGGUGAUGGGUAGAUAAGACAUGAAUAUCUAUCUGACUCUGAUAACUUCAUGGAUCCUUCCAUUGUGCAACUGAGCUGCAUAGGGGCAAGCAAACGGGCUCAGGAGUGAGUUUGCUACACAAAGCAUUUGGUUUGGCUUUGUCAAGGGUUGUGGCCUAUUGUCGUUAUCCAGAUUUUCCAUACUGAACUUAUAAGUCAUGAGAGCUGAAGUCGGUAGGACGUAGUAGAUUUUGUUGCUUCAAAGUGCAACUCUUAUGCAUUGAUUGUUUGCCAGCACCUCCUUCAGCUUGAGAUCUGCCUAGUUCAGUUUUUUUGUCGCGCUGAUCUGCGUCGUAUGGAUCCUAUGGAAUUUUGGCUGCCUAUAUUUGUACAGAAAUUUUUCCUCCUCCCUUCUUUUCCCCUUGACCCCAGUUUCAAAUGUUAAAUAUGAAAAUAGAAAUCGGCGAAAUAAUACAACACCACCUUGAAUGGAAUUAUAGUCUUAUUUAUGCAUAGAUGUGCACAUAAUUCACAACAUAGCUGCUGCA